AUGGUUAAAAGUGGCGCUCUGCAGCUUUUCAACUUCAUUUCUCGGCGACGGAGUACACUAGCAGCGUCGAUUCCAAAAUGUGACUUUAUACCUAAAGAAUAUAAUGGCCCUGUUAUCGGGAAAUUAAACAAACUAAAAGCCGAAAAUAUGCCCGUCGUUAUGAAUGACUUUUACAAGAAGCCAUUGGUACUCCACCAGGGGCGUAUGCAGUGGUUGUUCGAUCAUGAAGGCAAGAGAUAUCUGGAUCUAUUUGCUGGUAUCGUCACUGUGUCUGUUGGACAUUGCCAUCCCAAAGUGACAGCAGCACUGCAUGAACAAAUCGAUACUCUGUGGCACACAACAAGUAUAUACCGUCAUCCAAAGAUCUAUGAGUAUACAGAACAGUUGGCUUCAAAAUUCCCGGGUGAUUUAAAGGUUGUCUACUUAGUGAACAGUGGAACUGAAGCAAACGAUUUAGCGACAAUUCUAGCCAGAGCAUACACUGGUAACUACGACAUAAUCUCGCUGCAAAGCUGCUACCACGGCAAUUCUAGCUCAUUGCUAGGAUUAACUGCUACUCAAGCCUAUCGUUUCCCGAUACCCGCGCCGCCAGGGUUUUACCAUGCAAUGUUACCGGACCCAUAUCGUGGUAUUUGGGGUGGCUGCCGGGAUUCAUACUCGCAAGUCCCAGGGGCAUGUUCUUGCCCAGGUGAUUGUGACACAUCUGAUAAGUACAUACACCAGCUUAACGAACUUUUAGAAAAUUCAGUACCAAGGGGACGCAUUGCAGCAUUUUUUGCGGAAACCAUUCAAGGCGUGAAUGGGGCUAUACAGUUUCCCAAAGGAUACCUCAGAAAAGCCCAAGAACUAGUAAAGAAGUAUGGUGGACUAUAUGUAGCGGAUGAGGUACAAACAGGUUUUGGUCGAACUGGUGAAAACUUCUGGGGAUUUCAAAACCAUGGCGUCCAACCAGAUAUUGUGACACUCGCCAAAGGAAUCGGUAAUGGCUUUCCUCUUGCUGCUGUGGUUACUACGAAAGAAAUAGCUGAAGCUCAUAAGAAAGCUGCCUAUUUUAAUACUUUUGGAGGAAAUCCGCUAGCGUCUGCGGUUGGGAAGGCUGUUUUAGAUGUGAUCGAAGAAGAAAAUGUUCAACAGAACAGUAAGCAAGUGGGAAAAUAUUUCAUAGAACAAUUAAUGGACUUGCAAAAAAAAUAUCCCGUGAUAGGUGAUGUCAGAGGCCAAGGAUUAAUGCUAGGAGUGGAGCUAGUAAAAGCAGGGACAAAAGAUCCUUUGAAUGUAGAAGGAGUAGCAGAUAUUUUAGAGAUGGCGAAGGAUUUAGGCGUCAUGAUUGGGCGAGGCGGAAGAUGGAACAACGUACUAAGAAUUAAACCUCCAAUGUGUAUCAACAAAGGUGACGUAGACUUUGCCAUAACUGUGAUGGACACGGUUUUCAAGAGCUAUACUGAAAAUCAUUAA